AUGCGAAAGCGUGAGAAUUUCGGAGAAACUGUAACUCCGUUGAUGGUGUGCUUCAACGCUGUGAUUAGCAUCUCUGAUGCGGAAAAAACUCUAGAGUUAGCCAGGCUUCAACUAACUUCCUUGAAAUCACUUGUAAAUGAGAGGGUGAUCGCCUAUGGAAUAGGAAGAUUUUUAGCGCAAUCCGUUAUGGUUAUUAAUCGCAUCGUCUGUCUGCUAGAAGACCUUCGAAUUGCUCAGAUCGAUAUAUUAGCCCCGAAAACAAAUGAGCUAUGCUGUUCAUUUGAAUGUGCGAGUGAAACGAUUUUGUACUCCUCGCUAGUAUUGAUCGUCUACGUUGGCAUUGAAUCUUAUUUAUUUUGUUUAUGCGAGAACGUGCGAAUUGCUGCUGUAUUUGAAACAAUUAUGGACAUGAUGCCAUCAGCAAAUAAGACGAAAAUCAGCGCUGACACCUUGAAGGAUGUAUAUAUUGGAAAAAUGGUCAAGGUGUCCGGUGACGAUGAUCGUUGGUCGCUUUUCUCCUUACAUAACGACUUCGGACGAUGUAUCGAAUUGAAGUUCGUAGACAAGAUGAGGCGUCAAUUCGAGUUCUCCGUCGAUUCGUUCCAAAUCACCCUUGACCCGCUGCUGGACGACUUCAACGCUACGAAUGUCAAAGUCUACAUCGAGAGCAUGUUCGGCGAUGUGCAUCAGGCGAUGUCUCAUCUGCAUGAACGACUAAUUGACACGCGCCGACCAGAAGAGAUUCGAGGCGGCGGACUACUUAAAUAUUGUCACCUACUUACAAGGGGCUACAAAGCAGCUCGACCCUCGAAAUGCAGGCAACUAGAGAGGUAUAUGUGCUCUCGUUUCUUCAUCGAUUUCCCUGACGUUGUUAGCCAAGAGCAAAAACUGCGCAACUAUUUGGACAACCAUUUUGGAUGGAACAAUGACCAGUGGUCAAGCUCUGGUGACGACACCGACUCAGAAGCUUCGACAAGCCAGGCACCGUCUACGAUUCUGGCGCAGAGUCAGGCUAAGUACGACUUCCUGAUGUUGCUACAUCGUGUUGUCAGCGAAAGCACCGUCUGUUUGAUGAGCCAUGAAAGACGUCAGACGUUAGUGAUGAUCGACAGACUCGCGUUCCAGGUGAGCUUAAUCCAUUCAACAUCCGCUUUGUUAAUGAACACAGUAGCCGGUCACACUCCACGAACGACACUGUUCUACCUCCCACGCAACACCACACAAUGGAUUCCAGUGGUUUAA